AUGUCGUCGAAUACGUUGAAAUGUAACGUGUGUAAUAUUGUGAUUGAUGAGCUUCUGGCGUAUAUACAGAACAAAAUCUCGGUGUCCGACGAGGCAACAAUAGUGAAGAUAUGUCCAUCAACAUUUAUGAGUGCAGAAAUAGCAAAAUCAAACAAGUUCCUGCUGGAAUCCCUACCGUCUGAACUGAGGAAAUCAAAUAGAAAAGGAAAGGGUAGGGAGGACCGUAUGUUGUCCGAUAUAAUAGGCGUAUUUAAAGGAACAUACAUGGAAAUAUUGCCAGUGUUUGUAGCACGCGAGUUGGAAAAAUUACCACCUCUAACUGUUGAUCACUUAGAUGUCAGCAAACUCCUUAAAAAUCUGGCUUUAGUGCAGAUUAAGGGGUCAUAUGUAAAAUGGAGUCAAAUAGAAGACAUUAAAAAUCAGUGUAGUGAGAAAUAA